UUUUUGUUGUUCUCAAAUGGAAGUUUCGGUGAUUGGAAAUCCUCAGGGGAGGAUCUGUAGAGUAGAAUUAGCAGAGAGGGUCAAUAGAUUUUGCAUUGGGUCUGAAUUCAUCUCGAUUAAUGCAAGAACUCACGUUAGCUUCUAUGGAGAAACCAGGAGGCGAAACGAGAUCAACCUCUGUUUCUCGCAGUGCUCUAUCAUAUGCGAAGCCGUCGUCUCUGAUAAAUCUCCGUUCUUGAAAUCAACUCCAAGAAGAACUAGAUCGCUAGAGAGCGUAAGAUUUUACGUUGCGCUUCCUUUGGAUACAGUUUCAGACUGCAACACCGUAAACCACACCAAAGCAAUCGCCGCGGGACUUAAAGCUCUGAAGCUUCUUGGAGUAGAAGGUGUUGAUCUGCCAAUCUUCUGGGGAGUGGCUGAGACAGAAUCCCCUGGAAAUAACCAGUGGUCAGGUUACUUAGCCAUCGCAGAGAUGGUAAAAAAAACGGGUUUUAAGCUUCACGUAUCUCUCUGUUUCCAUGGCUCGAAACA